AAAUAAUAUAAUAAAUAAAUGGAGUAUUUCCUUACAAGAUUUACAGUUUAUGGAAAUCCUUUUUAUAAUCUCAAUGCUGGUAGAAAUCAUGCAGAUUGGGAGAAUAAAUCAAGACUUAGAAAGUCAUUGAAUAGAUUUUAAUAAUCAGAAGGUAUUAAUAAAUAUUUUAAUUUAGAGGGACAAGCUUUACCUAGAAAGUUUACAGAUUAAUAAAUAAAUGGAAUUAGAUGGGGAUUACCAGUUGUUGGUCUUUUUGUAAAUGAAUUUGUUAACAAUUUUUAAGUUAGGCAGAUUUAUGGGAGAUAUUUAUUGUGCUUCAAGUUCCAUAUACAUGAAAGGUAUUUUAGCAGUAGUAGGAUUAACCAUAUUUAAUAAAAUUGGAAUGGAUAUCAAGAAUGAUAAUGAUAUUUCAUAUUGGACAGCUAAUUAUCCAAAAUUACCAUCAGACAUUUAAAAGGCUCUUAGUCAUGGAGAUGCAAGAUACACAACUAGAUGGAUUGAUUGAUUUAAUAUUGCAAAAAUAUAAAAUAUAAACAAAAGAGAA